AUCCAAGCCUCAGUCCUCAGCGGCGGCCUGCCAGAGCCCAGGCCUCAGUCCCCUCACCCUGCAGAGCCAGGCCUCAGUCCCCACCCUGCCAAGAGCCCAGGCCUCAGUCCCUCACCCUGCAGAGUCCAGGCCUCAGUCCCUCACCCUGCAGAGCCCCAGGCCUCAGUCCAUCACCCUGCCAGAGUCCAGGCCUCAGUCCCUCACCUGCCAGAGUCCAGGCCUCAGUCCUCACCCUGCCAGAGCCCAGGCCUCAGUCCCUCACCCUGCCAGAGUCCAGGCCUCAGUCCCUCACUGCCAGAGCCAGGCCUCAGUCCCCACCUGCCAGAGUCCAGGCCUCAGUCCCUCACCCUGCCAGAGUCCAGGCCUCAGUCCCUCACCCUGCAGAGUCCCAGGCCUCAGUCCCUCACCCUGCCAGAGUCCAGGCCUCAGUCCCCACCCUGCCAGAGUCCAGGCCUCAGUCCUCACCCUGCCAGAGCCAGGCUCAGUCCCCCACCCUGCCAGAGUCCAGGCCUCAGUCCCUCACCUGCCAGAGUCCAGGCCUCAGUCCCCCACCCUGCCAGAGUCCAGGCCUCAGUCCCCACCCUGCCAGAGCCCAGGCCUCAGUCCCCCACCCUGCCAGAGUCCCAGGCCUCAGUCCUCCACCUGCAGAGUCCAGGCCUCAGUCCCUCACCUGCCAGAGCCCAGGCCUCAGUCCCCACCCUGCCAGAGUCCAGGCCUCAGUCCCUCACCCUGCCAGAGUCCAGGCCUCAGUCCCCCAGCCAGAGUCCAGGUCUCAGUCCCUCACCCUGCCAGACCAGGCCUCAGUCCCUCACCUGCCAGAGUCCAGGCCUCAGUCCAUCACCCUGCCAGAGUCCAGGCCUCAGUCCCCCCCUGCCAGAGUCCAGGCCUCAGUCCCUCACUCUGCCAGAGUCCAGGCCUUCAGUCCCCCACCCUGCCAGAGUCCAGGCCUCAGUCCCUCACUCUGCAGAGACCAGGCCUCAGUCCCUCACCCUGCCAAGAGUCCAAGCCUCAGUCCCUCACCGCCAGAGUCCAAGCCUCAGUCCAUCACCCUGCAGAGCCCAGGCCUCAGUCCCCCACCCUGCCAGAGCCCAGGCCUCAGUCCCCCACCCUGCCAGAGCCAGGCCUCAGUCCCUCACCCUGCAGAUCCAGGCCUCAGUCCCUCACCCUGCCAGAGCCCAGGCCUCAGUCCCUCACCUGCCAGAGUCCAGGCCUCAGUCCCCCACCCUGCCAGAGUCCAGGCCUCAGUCCCCACCCUGCCAGAGUCCAGGCCUCAGUCCCUCACCCUGCCAGAGUCCAGGCCUCAGUCCCUCACCCUGCCAGAGUCCAGGCCUCAGUCCCUCACCCUGCCAGAGUCCAGGCCUCAGUCCCUCACCCUGCCAGAGUCCAGGCCUCAGUCCCCCACCCUGCCAGAGCCCAGGCCUCAGUCCCCCACCCUGCCAGAGUCCAGGCCUCAGUCCCUCACCCUGCCAGAGUCCAGGCCUCAGUCCCUCCACCCUGCCAGAGUCCAGGCCUCAGUCCCCUCCCUGCCAGAGUCAGGCCUCAGUCCCUCACUCUGCCAGAGUCCGGCCUCAGUCCCCCACCUGCCAGAGUCCAGGCCUCAGUCCCCACUCUGCCAGAGACCAGGCCUCAGUCCCUCACCCUGCCAGAGUCCAGCCUCAGUCCCUCACCCUGCCAGAGCCCAGGCCUCAGUCCCACCACCCUGCCAGAGUCCAGGCCUCAGUCCCUCACCCUGCCAGAGUCCAGGCCUCAGUCCUCACCCUGCCAGAGCCCAGGCCUCAGUCCUCACCCUGCCAGAGUCCAGGCCUCAGUCCCAUCACCUGCCAGAGUCCAGGCCUCAGUCCCCCACCCUGCCAGAGUCCAGGCCCUCAGUCCCCUCCACCCUGCAGAGUCCAGGCCUCAGUCCCUCACCCUGCCAGAGUCGCAGGCCUCAGUCCCCCAACCCUGCCCAGAGUCCAGGCCUCAGUCCCCCCCCUCGCCAGAGCCAGGCCUCAGUCCUCACUCUGCCAGAGUCCCCAGCGCCUCAGUCCCCACCCUGCCAGCACGGUGCCAGGCCUCAGUCCCUGAUCCUGACGCCAGAGACCAGGCCUCAGUCCCUCACCCUGCCAGAGUCCAAGCCUCAGUCCCUCACCCUGCCAGAGUCAAGCCUCAGUCCAUCACCCUGCCAGAGUCCAGGCCUCAGUCCCCCACCCUGCCAGAGUCCAGGCCUCAGUCCCUCACCCUGCCAGAGUCCAGGCCUCAGUCCCCCAAACAGCCAGAGUCCAGGGCUCAGUCCCUCACCCUGCCAGAGUCCAGGGCUCAGUCCCCCACCCUGCCAGAGUCCAGGCCUCAGUCCCCCACCCUGCCAGAGUCCAGGCUGUCCUCAAAGAGCUUCUCAAAUAAAUUAUUAUUCUAUGUUGUCAGACACUACGUCAUGA